GGCAGUGAUUCUUCCCCUCUGUUCUUUACUGAGCUCCAUGAACCUGCCCCCGGACAAGGCACGGCUCCUGCGGCAGUACGACAACGAGAAGAAAUGGGACCUCAUCUGCGACCAGGAGAGGUUCCAGGUGAAGAACCCGCCACACACCUACAUCCAGAAGCUGCAGAGCUUCCUGGACCCCGGAGUCACGCGCAAGAAGUUUCGGCGGAGGGUGCAGGAGUCAACCAAGGUGCUGCGGGAGCUGGAGAUCAGCCUGAGGACCAACCACAUCGGGUGGGUGCGGGAGUUCCUGAACGACGAGAACAAGGGUCUGGACGUGCUGGUGGAUUACCUCUCCUUCGCCCAGUGCACCGUCAUGUUGGACUUUGAGGGCCUGGACAGCGGCGAGGACGGCGCGCUGGAGAAGCUGAAGUCCUGGAGCAGGUCCAUCGAGGACCUGCAGCACCCGUCCGCGCCCUUUGCCAACAGCCUCGCGCGCUCGGCCCGCCAGUCCGCCCUGCGCUACAGCACCCUGCCCAGCCGCAAGGCCCUGAAGAACUCGCGGCUGGUGAGCCAGAAGGACGACGUGCACGUCUGCAUCAUGUGCCUCCGCGCCAUCAUGAACUACCAGUACGGCUUCAACCUGGUGAUGUCUCACCCGCACGCCGUGAACGAGAUCGCCCUCAGCCUCAACAACAAGAACCCCAGGACCAAGGCGCUGGUGCUGGAGCUGCUGGCAGCCGUGUGCCUGGUGCGGGGGGGGCACGAGAUCAUCCUCGCCGCCUUUGACAACUUCAAGGAGGUCUGCAAGGAAAAGCACCGGUUUGAGAAGCUGAUGGAGUACUUCCGCCAGGAGGACAGCAGCAUCGACUUCAUGGUGGCUUGCAUGCAGUUCAUCAACAUCGUGGUGCACUCGGUGGAGGACAUGAACUUCCGCGUGCACUUGCAGUACGAGUUCACCAAGCUGGGCCUCGAGGACUUCCUGCAGAAAUCACGGCACACGGAGAGCGAGAAGCUGCUGGUGCAGAUCCAGGCCUACCUGGACAACGUCUUUGAUGUGGGGGGGCUGCUGGAGGACGCCGAGACCAAGAAUGUGGCGCUGGAGAAGGUGGAGGAGCUGGAGGAGCAUCUGUCCCAUGUGACAGAGAAGCUGCUGGACCUGGAGAACGAGAACAUGAUGCGGGUGGCGGAGCUGGAGAAGCAGCUGCUGCAGCGGGAGAAGGAGCUGGAGAUGGUCAAGGAGACGUAUGAGAGCACGAGCCGGCAGGGGCGGACAUUGCGCCGCAUGCCUCCCCCAAAAAAGCCCCCCGAGUCACGGGUCCUCAUUUCUUGUCUCUGCUCUGCAGGAAAGUGCCCACCGGCGCCACCGCUACCUGGCGCCUUGCCCUCCAUCGCCCUCACCGUCGGGUUGUCCGCCAUCCGGAUCAAGAAGCCGAUCAAGACCAAGUUCCGGCUGCCCGUUUUCAACUGGACGGCGCUGAAGCCCAACCAGAUCAGCGGCACCGUCUUCAGCGAGCUGGACGACGAGCGCGUCCUGGAGGACCUGGACCUGGAGCGGUUCGAGGAGCUAUUCAAGACGAAGGCGCAGGGCCCCGCGCUGGACGUGCUCUGCGCCAAGGGCAAGGCCACGCACCGGGCAGCUGCCAAGGUGACGUUGCUGGAGGCCAACCGGGCCAAGAACCUGGCCAUCACCCUGCGCAAGGCAGGGCGCAGCGCCGAGGAGAUCUCCCUGCGCAUGGCUGCCAUGGCCUUCCUGGGCAAUUUCACCGACAGCCUCCAGAUGCUCACGCCGCAACUCAACGCCAUCAUCGCCGCCUCUGCCUCGGUGAAGUCCUCGCAGAAGCUGAAGCAGAUGCUGGAGAUCAUCCUGGCGCUGGGGAACUACAUGAACAGCAGCAAGCGUGGCGCCGUCUACGGCUUCAAGCUGCAGAGCCUGGACCUGCUGCUGGACACUAAGUCAACGGACCGGAAGAUGACACUGCUGCACUUCAUCGCGCUGACCGUGAGGGAGAAGUACCCUGACCUGGCCACGUUCUGGCAAGAGCUGCACUUUGUGGAGAAGGCGGCCGCAGUGUCCCUGGAGAACGUGCUGCUGGAUGUGAAGGAGCUAGGCCGGGGCAUGGAGCUGAUCCGGCGCGAGUGCAGCCUGCACGAGAGCACCGUCCUGCGCAGCUUCCUUGGCGCCAGCGAGGGCCGGCUGGAGCAGCUGCAGCGCGACUCCCGCACGGCUGAGGACGCCUACAACACGGUCGUGCGCUACUUUGGCGAGAGCCCUAAGACGAUGCCGCCGUCCGUCUUCUUCCCCAUCUUCGUGCGCUUCAUCCGGUCCUACAAGGAUGCGGAGCAGGAGCACGAGCUGCGGAAGAAGCAGGAGGAGGUGAUGCGGGAGAAGAUGCUGGCGCAGGAGGCCAAGAAGCUGGAGAAGCGCAACAAGUGGCAGCAGCAGGAGCUGAUCGCGGAGCUGCGCCGGCGCCAGGCCAAGGAGCAUCGUCCCGUCUACGAGGGCAAGGACGGUGCCAUCGAGGACAUCAUCACCGCGCUGAAG